ACGCUACCCGGAAAUGUUCCGUAUCUAAUCGAAGGAAUUUCACGGCAUGGGAUUUUGAGCGAAUGAUAUAUCCGUUAAGCAGCAGUGUUUGAUUAUUAACAAUGAUGGGGGGACGUUCCUGUACAUGCAACAUAACAGAGGACUUUGUAUUGGACAGAGUUUUAACGUCUGUAACUCCUGCAGAAGUUCUUGAAGGAGAUGACGACGAGGAGGAGGAGUCUGUACAUGCUGAUGCCAUUGAUGGAUUGCUUUGCAUACCCUUUCCUAAGAACAGGGAUUCAUCCACUUCUGCAUCGAGUAAUUCAAGAAGUGACUCUGACGAUUUGAGAUCUAUAAGAACAAAUAGAAGAGCUAGACGUUUUCAGAGUCUUUGGAGCAGAGACAACCUGUUCAGCCUUCAAUCUGCAAAACAACCUAGAAACAACGGUGAUAUGUAUCACAUUGUCACGCAAGUUUAUGGUGCAGCUCAAAACGAAAUAAGGGUAAAUGACAGAAUCAUUGAAAUCAAUGAGAAAGAUGUGCGACGAAAAAGUAAGCAAGAAAUCGACAUACUCUGGAAAGGACUCGCCAAAGCAUCCAAAAUAAAACUGAAAGUAUGGCGGUGGGAAAAUGACGGAGUUGGCCAUAAUGUUCGGGAAUUAAAGAUAGUUUUCCAUCGUGUACAUCCCGAUUGCCUCAUCCGGGAAAUAUCAAUACUAUCACUUAGGGAUAAAGUUCCAAAAGCAGUCAAAAACUUUGUAUGGACAAGUGAAUUCAUUCCAUAUCAUAUUCGUAUUGCCAGUGAAUCGGGAAUUUAUGUCUUUGCCAACAUUGAAAACAUGACUUUAUAUGGCGAGCCAAUGAAAGAGAAAGCUAAGAAUAACCAAUUUCGUUUCCUGGUGCGAUUCUUCAGCUGUAUCAUAGAGGAGGAAGUGCACGGCUGCAAUGCCAGGGUGGGUUUUGUGGUCCAGUAUGGGAAAGAUUUUGAUGUGUCAUCAGUCUUACCAGAGUCAACGUCCGUUCUGUUGAAGCGCCAUGUUCCCUACGACACAAAGAAAUUAGACGAACGUUUCAUCCUUAAACUACAGAUUCCCAAAGAAGAGGACUUCUUCGAAUCUCUUUCCUAUAAAAAUAUGUUUAUGAAAUACGACAAUGAAACAAAGGAAAUCAGAAUGCAACAAAUGGAUGGUCCUGGACCAAGUUACUUGAAUGAGAUGUUUAGGUCACGGGGAUCAAUAUCUAGAUCAGGUAGGGCCAGGUGUGUUUCGUUCGAUAUACCCACCGUAUCGGAAAGAGACGACAACUUAUUUGUGUUGGAACAAAUCAAAGAAUAAACAAUGAACAGUAAUUUUGUAAUGGUCAAACAACAUGUUUAUCAAAUCUGAAGAUGAGAGGGGAAAGACCUUUAAUUUUAGUAUUAUACAGUGACAUUAGGAGAAAAGAGAUUAUACAGUGUGUUAUGGGUUAGAAUAUUCUUAAAUAAAUUCAGCAGAAAUCAAUCACAAAAAUAUUCAAAGAUUUUAACACUAUUUGCAAAGAAAAAUAUAUCAAUAACAAAUGACUAAUUUGCAAUAGAUACACAGUAUCAGUGUCCAAUAGAUACACAGUAUCAGUGUCCAAAAGAUACACAGUAUCAGUGUCCAAUAGAUAUACAGUAUCAGUGUCCAAUAAAUACACAGUAUCAGUGUCCAAUAGAUACACAGUAUCAGUGUCCAAUGUUGGUUUAAUGCCGAGGUGAAUUCCAACACGGGAAUAUAAACUGUAAGGCGAAAAAUAAUGAAACAGUGAUCAAUCUCUUAACUCCUUUAAGGAAUACAAAACAGAGACUUGUGCAAACACGGACCCCUGGAUAUACCAGAGGUGGGAUCAGGUGCCUAGGAGGAGUAAGCAUCCCCUGUCGACCGGUCACACCCGCCGUGAGCCCUAUAUCUUGGUCAGGUAAACGUAGUUAUCCGUAGUCGCAAUUAGUGUGCCAAGAACGGCCUAACAAUCAGUAUGGAACCAGUCAGACAGCAUUCGGUAGAAUGAUUGGUUGUAUUUUCAAACUAGAUUACUGUAACGACCAUAGCAUUUGCGAAAUGCUGACUUUAAAACGACACUGUUGAAACCCCUGUACCAUCAACUUGUUUGGCAGUAGCCUGCCUGUCACAAAUCGGCUAUUAAAUCCAAAAUCAGUCCAAAACCCUCAGAUCUUAUUUAAUGCUUCCAAGUGAUUAAUCCAGUGCUUUUAAAAUAUUACAGUGUACAGUGGAGCCUCGUUAAUCCGGGCACUUUGGUUCCCAGCAAAAUCGUCCGGAUAAAUGAAGCGUCCGGAUAAUUGAAUCGCAUAUUUUCUAUCUUUACAUAAGUAACCAAUAUAAGUCUACUUUAUUG